UGAAACAUAGUGUGAGCUUGGAGAGGAAUGUGAAAGAUUCCUUUCACCAAAACAAGCAUCGAAAGAAACUUUUUAGAUCCUUUGCGGACAUGUAAGAGAAUCACAGAUGAAUUCCCUGAUACCCGCUGAGGCGAGAUUCUUGACUUUAGGAAGCAAAGGAGUCGGCAAAUCAGCCUUAACUGUUCGUUUUCUGACGAAGAGAUUUAUUGGCGAAUAUCAGUCACUUAUGCAAUUAACCUACAGUCACAAAAUCAAGCUGGACGAUGAAUUUCUAACAUUUGAGUUUCGUGAUACCAUUGAAAAGAGCGAUACGUCUCAAGUUGAUAAAGACAUCAAAUGGGCCGACGCUUUUCUCGUGGUGUAUUCCAUCACGGACAAAAACAGCUUUAAUAAUGCCAUACAUCUGGUUGAAGCAAUCUACGACGGCAAAGGCACAGAUGAAUUGCAUGUCGCUCUGGUGGGAAACAAGAUAGAUCUGGAGCAUUUCAGAAAAGUAACCACAAAGGAGGGCCAAUCGGCUGCUGAACAGCUCGGAUGCAUGUUCUUCGAAGUUUCCGCUGCAGAAAAUUACGAUAAUGUUCAGGAGGCGUUGAAUGUUGUCUUCCGAAGGGUGGCGCUUCACAAGAAAUACUUGCGACAGGAGAAGGAAAAGCGAAAAAACACUAAUCCACAGAUAGAGAAAAAGAAACAGAAAUUUGGAAAUUCUCUUUUCAACUGGAAAAACGAGAAAAAAAGAAGUCCAAGACGAGCAGACACACUUUAACUUUAAAAUUAGUGUUCUGUUGACAAGACUGAUUUUCGACGACCUAAAUUUUCCUACGAGUUAUCAAGCUGGGCUAGUAACAGUUUGAUGAGGUCUUCUCGUGCCUUUCUUCUUGACUGCGAUAAAAAUAAGUUCCCUACAAGAUUAAAAUACCCGAAAAGUGACUAUAGGACUCCCUCUGAAUCAGUGUUGUUGUCCAAACGCAACGUGUGUACAAUACAGAAGGGUAGUCAGCGAUGAUAGGUUUUUAUUUCCCUAUUCACUUUUAUAAGAAACGAAAUUUACUGGUCAAAAACACUUAUCAAACGUUGAUUACCCCACUUUACCACAAUUAAGGCCUAAAUUCACGCUCUGAGAGCUCUUUUGCCAAAAAUCCCUGACAAAUCAUAAGAAAGGCUACGUGAAGCUAGCCAUUUGUCUUGUAAAACAAACCCGCUGUCCUUAGUGGGGUGUAUUACGCCCUUAUUAUUGAUUUCAUACGCAGCAUGCAUAUGCGACAUCAAAAAUGUUAGGAGGAUAAAAUAAAAAUGUGGUCGACUGA